AUGGGUAUGUACACAAAAGAAUGCGACACUAUUGGAGAUGUGCCGCACACACUUUGCAAUUGUUCCAGACACAUUCAAAGAAGACGGUCACAACGAGCUAGGUUGCAAGAACGUGUUGUAUUUAAAUCGGGUGACUUGAACAUUGACAAUUCAGGUGAAACAAAAUUUCGACUGUUCAAUGACAUAGUCAAAGUCUUUUUAGAGGCACGCUGGAGAUGGACAAUUCUAUAUUGCGUUAUAGCUUGUGUAUUAACUUGGUUCGUGUUUGCUGCCAUCUGGUGGAUGAUUCUGUACCUUCAUGGUGAUCUCGAGAGCAAUCAUUUACCCCAUGCCUCAAAUUUAACAGAAUGGAGACCUUGCGUAAGAGAAAUUUAUAACUUUACGUCCAUAUUCUUAUUCAGCAUAGAAGUCCAAACGAGCAUAGGUUAUGGUUCCAGAGCAAUCACCCUGGAAUGCCCUGAAGCAAUGUUCACAAUGUGUAUUGAGAGCAUAACAGGAAAAAUAAUACAGUCACUUAUUAUUGGCAUAGUAUUUGCUAAGUUAACGAAACCAAAAAAAUCGCGCGCAGACUCUGAUGUUUUCAAAAUACGCUAUCAUUAA